UUUACAAUCCUAACCUCGCUCUCGCUCUCUCUCUCUCUCUCUCUCUGUUUCUCUCUCAAAUCAAAAUCAAAUGGCGAUGGAGCUGCAGAAACCCAAAGAAAGAGAAGUAACCGAGGACCUGCUCCAAAAACCCUACCAAAACCCCCUUCAAAAGGAGACCCCUACAUCAGAAAGCCCUGAGAAGAAUCAAGAGCUUGGAGGAGAAGCCAAAGAAAUCAUAUCUCCCAGUCCCACGGAAACCGUCGGAUCUGCCCCUGCUGCCGUGUCCGAUCUCCAGAAGAAGUUACGCCGCGCCGAGCGUUUUGGCAUGCCUGUCCAGCUCUCCGAAGAAGAGAAGCGCAGCUCCCGUGCCGAAAGGUUUGGCACUGCAUCUUCGGUGCAUGGAUCAGAAGAAACAAAGAAAUCAGAGGAGCAGAAGAGAAAGGCUCGGGCAGAGAGAUUUGGGCUGGUUGUUCACUCUGGGGAUGAUGAGGAGGCAAAGAAGAAAGCUCGGUUAGCUAGAUUUGCACCAAAUUCCAAGCCAGAUACCCUGGAAGAAGAUAAGAGGAAGGCAAGGGCACUCAGGUUUUCACAGACCUCACCUACCAACUCAACACAAACAAAUGGCAAGUCGAAUGAGCAGAACCCAACUAUAGUGGGUAAGGCGGAUGGAGGGGCCUGAGCAUCGAUCGCUUUUAAUAGUGACAUGAUCAGAAGGUUCAAAAUGCCUAUCAAGGGGAUCUUUUGGGGCAUUAUCAUCCACUGGGAUGCAACACAGCAGUGGUCUAGAUCACCAUAUCAUGGGCCCCACUCGUGGGAAUUGAAAAUCUUGUAUGCAUUGCAAAACCUUGGGGCCAAAAUCCUACAUGAAUAGGUUUUAUUGAAUACAUGAGUUGGAAAAUCAAUAUUAUAGUGGGACUAAAGGAUAACAUUCCCUUGCUGGUA